GAGAAACUGUUCAACAUGGUGGUAGCCCUCUAUAAACAGAUGUUUAAUACUCAUUCAUGUAGUCAACGUGUUGCAGCCAAAAUGGCAGCUCUUACGAAAGCGAUAGAAAUUUCAAAAAGUGUAAAUAGUGUGGCAAAAUUGUUAACAAAUUUAUAUUUAACUCCAAUUGGUAGCUCACUAAGUGCUCCGACAUACACUCGCAGCACACCUACCUUUCGAUACGCGUUCAUUCAUACCACGUCUAAGCAAAAUGAUUUAAUGGAAUUUUUUGAUGACGAGAAAAAUUGGGGAAAGAAUCGUGUUCUGGUGGGACGUUCUUGGAGGCAAGAAGAAUUAAGAUUGAAGAGCAACGAGGAUCUGCAUAAGUUGUGGUACGUAUUAUUAAAAGAACGAAAUAUGUUAUUAACGAUGGAAGAAGUCUACAAAAAGAAAUACGAGUAUUUCCCUAAUCCUGAAAGAAUUGAUAAAGUUGAGGACAGUAUGUCUAACUUAGAAACAGUAGUCCGUGAACGGAAUAGGGCAUACCAUAUGCUUGAAACUGGAGUCAAUGGAGAACGACCGGCAAAAUUGCAAUAUAAUGCACUAGGCCUUCGGUUCUUCUAUCGUAUGAGGCAACAUGUAAUACCAAAGUUUAUGAACACCAAAUGGCAUAAAACACACCACUUCGGUUUUGGCGGAUAUGCUGUGCGAAAAUUCCUACGACUUUAUAGAGAGAAACUUUGGAUUCGUAAACGUAAAUUGCGAGAUCGUCAAACGAAUCGAGUGGCGACUCUCUUACGUAUGUUCCCAAACAUGGAUAUAGAGGCUGCAAAAGAAGAGUACCCAUUAGCGAAUAUAGAGAAAGCAAGAAGAUCAAAAAAAGCAACUGAUCAUUUCAUACCCAAAUAAUUGCAUUUCUCUUUUAAAACUGUAAUUAUAUUCAUCUUUAAUAUAAGUAUUUAGAUUUAACAUAGGUCAAAGUAUUUCUUCUAUUGUAUAAAAUGUACUGUAUAGCUCCAGAAGAAAUGUUAUUCAAUUCCAUAUUGAUUGUAUCUGUAUACCUUUGAACUACCACUGUCGAAAUUUUGUGUUUAAAUAUUUUAUAAUUAAAAGAAAAAUGGGAAAUACAGAAGUCGUAUGUUAUGUCA